CAUUACAGAAUGGAACUCUCAAAGAAUUGUUUGCUGUUCUUUCAUGAUAUUCUUUUGUAGAAAUCCAUAAUUACUAGAGCUAAAGAAUGUCGUGUUGCUAACUGCGAUGGAGGGUUGUGCCAGUUUGUCAGUUUCUCAAAGUUGUUGCUAAAUCCCUGAAGGUUGGAAUUUCGACGGUUCAAAAUAAAUUAAAGUAAAUUAAAAAUCUUUUUCCUUUAUUAUGUGUCUGCUCACUUGAGCUAAGGUUUGGAUCAGUUUCUAGUCUGUCUUGACUAAUCCUAUAUAAUUUAUUGGGAUGUGCUCAUUUGCACAGGCAAAUAUGCGCAACUUGUAAAUCAAGUUCGACAGUAAGAGCAAUUAAUAAAGGAUCACUCAAUGCUGAUGGCAAAAAUCCAAUGUGGAGAUCAAAUAAAAGCAAAUUUUUUCUUCUGAUAAAAGAGUCCACUGAUGUGGUUCCUUAGAUUGAAAGAUCUAAGACUGUGUUGAGUUUUUUUAGUUUCAUUUUCUAAUAUAUUAUUAUUUUAAGAAAGUGGAAGUCACACAAGUGUUUGUUCUUGUUGGAUUGGCCACUUGACCCCUCAACCUUCCAUGUAAAGAAUGAAGAGACAUCACUUGGGCAAUGCUCAUGGUGGUUGAGUUUUUGUUUAGAGUUAGUUUCAAUUAUCACUUUUGAUCAACUAGCCUCAACAAAUUAAGUCUAAUAAUUAUUUUGAUUAAUUAAAUCAAAAUUUGCCAUCUUAUUUGAAUAUCAUAAUAACUUUCUUUUAUAUACUCAUAUACCACUUUUCCUUUGACUGUGAGCACAUUAGAAGAACCUCUUGCUAAUGUAUGAGAACUUAGGUGACCAGCAAGGAUCAUUUGCAACACAGCACAGGUGUGCACCGUUUGAUGCAAUGCAGCACCUGUGUUGUACAUGUGAUGAUUGUGAACCGUUUGAUGGGGCACAGCACCUGUGAUGUGCUGUACUGCACCAGAUCCCACUUCAACCAGGUAGAGGAGCCAACUACAGUUAAUGAGUUAAAACGAGUCCCUGUUGCCAGCACAAUACAUCCACAAUAAAACUUCCCUUUUAACUUACCUAAAAAUAUACUCCUCUUAUUUAGCUAGCAUGCCAGCACAGACACAUCUCAACCUCCAAAACACAACGAAAAAAAGUAAAAACAGUUCUUUUUUUAACUAUAUAGAAGCCAAAAUAUAUCCUUUGCAGCUGAGCAACUCACACACGGACAAACAAUAGGGUGAAAGCACAGGCAGAGUUCUCAUUCCUAGGUCUAUAUCGACAGAAGGAUUUUCCUCUCCCUUUCUCUCUCUUUUAACUCCAACAAAAUGGGUUGUGGGAAAUCAAAACACGAUGUGGUGACUGGGAACACAAUUAGCCAGAGCAAGAGAUCAUCAGAACCAGAUGCCAAGAAGAGCAAAGGCACAGAAACAAAGCCGGAAAAGGCCUCAAACACAAACUCACAGGUGCAAAAACCAGAGCGGGAGAAGGCAAAAGAGGACUCUAAACCGUCGGUGCAACAACAACAAAGUGAAAAUGGUGCCAAGGAGGACUCCAAGGGUGUCACUGUGGCUGGUACGAAAGAAUCAAAUGAGAUAGAAGGCGGGAUCAAAGAGGAAAAACAAGAAAGUUUAGUAUCUCACAACUCGCCAAGGGGAGGUGAGGAAGCUAAUGCUGAGGCCAUUGUCUCUCCUGCUGCCAAGGAGGGCGUGUCAGAGGAGAAUAAGAAGCUAAGUAACACCACCGAUGAGAAAGGUUCCGUUGAAGAUACCAAACUGGAGACAGAGAAUGAAGAAGAAGCUAUAAAAGUGAAGCAAGCAAAAGUGGUGGCAACAGAGGAAGUGAAAGACUCAGCCAUCGCCGAGCAAGAGAAGAAUCCGAAUGCCAAUGAGAAACAUGUCACUGAUUCAUUAACAGAAGAUGCGAAGACAAAUUGAAGGCCAAAUUAGAAUGAAAUGAUCGAUGCUUAUUUAAUUCGACUUAUUCUGUGUCUUAUAUAUAUAUAUAUAUAUAUAUAUAUAUAUAUCAAGUUUAGGUAUUGAUGUUGUACUGCUUCUCCUUUUAUGCUCAAAAAAUUGUUCUCAAUUUAUUUUAUAGUGAAAUGUAGUUUACUAUAAGGUCCCAAAAGGAUCAUA